AUGAUACCCCCUAUUGACGAUCUGGUUCUGCAGCAAAAUCCCGAAUUUGCAGCUCUUUACACCACCCUCACAACAGUCAUCCUCAAUCCCGAUGCCUCCACACGAAAAGACCCCAAGGCCAAAAAGCGAGCUGCGGAACUCGACACCCACCGGCUCAAAACAGCCAAACAUCACCUCCUCAUCAACGCCAUCUCCACCGCCCACCCAACAACAGAACAACCACCCCCUCCAGCCCAAGAAAAACCAUCCCUCCUCCGCCACCGCUCAACCCGCUCCCGCUCCGAAUCCCAACCCCUGAAACCAUCCGGUCCCCUCCCGCCACCCCUCCCCCUGGCCCAACCAAAACCCCCUCCCCUCCUUCACUCCCUUCUCAACCUUUCCCUCCCAGCCUUCACCCUCACCCAGCUCGAAACCCUCCACCACAAGAAAUACUCCCUCCUCCGCUCCCGCCUCUCCCUCGCCGUCUCGGUCAGCAGCCUCCUCGAUCAGCAGAUCCUCAUCCUCUCCAAGCUGAUCAGGUCCCUCGAGGCCAAACACGGUCCCAUAUCUCGAUGGCUAGAAUACUCGGCCUCGGAAAGGGCCCUUGUCGCGCAGAAGCAAGAGCUCGAGAUCAAAUCUGUCGGUCGGGCGCUCAAAAAAGAGGUUUACAGUCCAGAAGUGGCCACAGCGUUGGGGAAUUACUCUCGACAUCUGAGGGAUGCCAAGUCGCGGUUAGGAGAGAGAAUCAAGGGGCUGGAGGGGGAGCUGGGGGAGUAUCACCACCAAGACGCAAGCACGGAAAGGGAAAAGACGAGGAAAAUGAGGGAAAUGGCGAGGGUGUAUGCUGACAUGGGGAGGCAGUUGGACGAGGUCAGAAAGGAUUUGGAGAGGUUGGAUACUGCUUGA